AUGGUGAUUGUUAAGCAUUGGUUUUUUCUUGUUUUUACUUAUAAUUAUAUAAAAUUUCUCUAUAGUGAAAAUUUUCCAAUUUUUAUUCAUGCUGAUCAAAUAUUUCUUAGAUGUCCAAAUGGUAAAAUCGAAUCAUUGAAUAAUACUACUAGUAUUUAUUCAACUUGCAUGCAAUCAGAACAAUAUGAACAAUUCAGUUUAUUUCAAUUCUUUAUUCAAUGUCCUGAUGGGCGUUUAUAUCUUGAAUAUAAUCGUACGCUAACUUCUUUUUAUAAUCAAGUUUCUGAAUAUUCAAUAGCUAAUCUUCAACCAAAAUGUUUUAUCAAUCAUCAUAAUUCAUAUUUUCAGCAUUAUCAAACAACUUCUUACCAAACGCGUUAUACAUCUGAGAAUGGUACAUUGACACAAAUAAUAUCAUUUCAAUGCCAUUAUAAUUUAACCAUGAUGAAAAAUGAAAAUUCAAAAUUAAAUGAAGAAUUUUAUUUAUUUUUUAAAUUAAUGAACUAUAGUCUUUGUCGAUAUUCAAUACAAUUUAUAUCUUCAAAUGGAAAAUGUAAUCAAUAUCAUCAACAAUUAUAUAAAAUACAAGGUCAAAUAAAAACUUCAAUAUGUUAUUAUCAAUUAGGAGCUAAUACAUCGGAAGUUUCUUUAGAAUAUUUUGAUCAAUUAAUUUAUAGAAAUCUUUCAUCAAGUAAACAAUCUUUUCAUCCAUUAAAAUUUGUUAAUCGUGCAAUUAUUAUCAUUACUGCAUUGAUUACUACUAUUUCUCUACUUAUAUGUUUUGCCAUAUUCAUAGCAAUGUAUCCAUUUGGUCUAUGUCGACUUUAA